CGAAGUGUUCAUCGUGAAAUCACAAGACCCAAUUUUUCUAGGGUUGGAAUUGCGUGAAACUUCGAUUUUUACGCUAGCAAGUCGGCACAUACUCUCUCGGUUUGCUUACUACCACCGGCAAACCUUCUCCAACUUCACCUAUGUUUCGGGAGACUGUCCUUUCUACAGUCUCACCCCCUUACCUCGAGGUGGGCAAAAAAGGGGCUUUUACAGUGAAACAAAUCUUCGGUCAGGAGAGAAGAGGACACAGAUUUCAGCCUGCAGUGGAUAAAGAUUACAAUCUUCUACUAGGAAAUAGAUAAUUCCACCAUUGGUGAAAAGAAACCGGUAAAUACCUUCUCUUGAGAUACUAUCUUGGCAGAAAUUCAGGUACCUCUGCACUGCAAGUGAGUGUUCAGCCCUUCUGUGCAAGGGGUAUGACCUGAUUUUGCCCGGGAAUAUAAGUUGGAAGGAGAUGUCCAUGUAUUUGAGCUGAGCAGCUGACUGAGCUGUGGCAUGUUGUUUUCAAUGUAAACAUCUUCCCGAGCUUUCCAAGAUUCAGGAGUUUGAAAUAGUUUCUCCAGGAACAUCAACUGCGUUGAUAACUGUAACCACAUUAAUGUGCAGAAAUCAUCUAACUGGUAAAACAAGCAAAAGAGCAGAAGCUCUGAUGCUGGAAAAGGAUGACUCAAGAAAGAGAUCAACUUUUGGCUCCUUAAAGGAAAUUCCAUCAUUCAUGGAAUCAGUGAGAAGAGAUUCAAAAAUGAAGGUUUUACUGAGGAAUCAAGUAAUGAAAGUUUGGAUGAUCGAGAUAUCAAAAAUUGGAGGUGCUAUGUUUUUUGAGAAUGGAUGGGAAAAAGUGGUGAAAGAUAACUGUGUUACCGAUGGAGACCAACUGUUGUUUAUCUAUAAAGAAGAUUGUGAUGUGUUUGACUUCAUUGUAAUUGAUUCAUUCGGCUGUGAAAAGAUAGGGGUGGAAGGUGAACAUGCUCAAGUCGUAGAGUGUAUUAGGAAGGGCAGUGGUGGUGAGAGUCGAGAUGUAUUUGUUUUGAAGGCAGAUAUCUAUAGUCGUGUCAAGAAAAAUAUUAAGAAAGAAGUGGAUAUGGAUAUGGAUAUAGAUAUCGGUAUUAGUGUCAAGAAAAAUGUUAAGAAAGAAAAGGAUGCGGUUAUGGAUGCAAAUGCAAGAGAGGAGGAGAAUGACGAUGGUCAUCAUAGGGCAAUAGUUUCCCAGGAUAUGGAUGCAACAGAAGAGGAUGAUGAUGAUGAUGAUGAUGAUGGUCAUACACUUCCCCAGGAAAAAAAAAUCGGGUCAAGUGGAUCCAAAAGAGGUAUUCCUGAGCAUUAUGGAGCUGAUCUUUUUCUAUCAGGACGUUAUAUUCAACCUGAUAAUGCUUAUUUCGUGACGAGAAUUAGAACAAAAAGGCGUGGUGAUCUGUAUGUGCCAAAGGAAGUGGUGAGAGAUUACAAUCUUAAAUUACCUCCAACUGUGACUCUGCGUGACAUUAAAGGCAGAGAAUGGACAUCAAUUGUAAAGGUUUGGGCGGAUGGGCGAACAUGGCUGUCUGGAGGAUGGCGACCCCUAUGCAGAAGGAACCUGAUUGGGGAAGAAGACCAGUGCAUUUGUGAGUUCCUGCCUCCUCAAUUGGGGAAUCAAGAUAAUAUGGUGUUGCAGAUCACGGUUGUUAAAGAGGAUGCCACCCUAGUAAGGAAUGAUGAAGAUAUGUAGAUAGAUAGGGCAGCUAGUUUGGUUAUAACCGAUUGACUUUCAAUUUGGCCUGGACUGGGGGGCUUAGACUUAGAUGCAUGCUUGCUUGCUUGCUGUUGUUACAUACAUAACUUGACAUGUUUUGUUUUGGUGAUAUGGACAGCAUAUCUCAUUU